AUGUGUAGAUUUUUGAUAUUCAAAGGCAAACAGCCGAUUCGGUUGUCCCAUCUUUUAACAAGACCAGCUCAUUCUAUUAUAAACCAAUCAUUUGAUAGCAGGUUGCGGUUAGACAGAAGAAGACCAAUGAAUGGUGAUGGAUUUGGCGUCGCUUAUUAUCCAUUGGAUAGUGAAUUAAGCGAGGACGGUCCAUGUCUUUUUAAAGCUAUUACUCCGGCGUGGAACAACCAAAAUUUGAGUACAUUGGCCGAAAAAACUAAAUCUGAUCUAGUCUUUGCGCACGUAAGGGCUUCUACAUAUGGAGUCUUAUCCGAGACCAAUUGCCAUCCAUUUACGUACCACAGCUUAUGUUUUAUGCAUAAUGGUGGUAUAUCUAAUUUCAAAGGAAUUAAGAGAAGACUAUUGAAUCAUAUCAAUGACGAAUACCUCAAUUUUAUUCAAGGGAGCACAGAUUCAGAGUGCGCAUUUGCAUUAUUCUUGGACACCUUAGACAAAUUGGGUUACGAUCCAAGGAAGCAAGACGGCGAUUUUGGUAAUGUUGCACUAAGAAAGGCAAUGCUACGAACAAUCGACUAUAUCAGAGAUUGGACUAAAGAAGCGAACAGGAAUGAGGUACACGUGGAGCCAUCUCUGUUGAAUUUUGCCGUGACUGACGGAUCCACCGUUAUUGUUUCCAGGUAUAUAACGUCAAAGACGGACGAGGCAGCAUCUUUGCAUUUCAGUUGUGGUUCCAGCUUUGUAGAAACUUCACCUGGGGAAUACAGAGUAGAAAGAUUGGAUAGAAACCAAGAUGUAAUUAUGGUUGCAUCGGAACCUUUAACAUUCGAAAGAGGUGAUUGGACUGCAGUACCCACUAAUAGCAUAUUGACCAUCAAGAAACAGACAAUAUUACUACAUCCUAUCAUCGACGAGUAUUACCAAGAAGAUCCUUUAUACCUAAGAAGCUCAACUCUCGCAGAAAGCAAGGGGCUCAUGGGUUCUAUACCACUAGCAAAAGCCGUAGAAAAGAACGUUCCCCCACUGGAAAGAGAGGGCCGUACAAGACCUCCUACUGCUGUCGCACAUAUAGCAUGA